GUGAAAGGUUGCGAAGAUGGCGACGGCCUUGAACGAGGAGGAGCUGGACAAUGAAGACUAUUACUCGUUGCUGAACGUGCGCAGGGAGAGACAAGAUCUUGCUCAUUGCCCAGGCCAGAGAGCAGUAGCUCACUUAUAGCUCACUGCAGCCUCAAACUCCUGGAUUCAAGUGAUCCUCCCACCUCAGCCUCCUGAGUAGCUACAGGCAAGCCUCUUCUGAAGAGCUAAAAGCUGCCUACCGAAGGCUGUGUAUGCUUUACCAUCCAGACAAGCACAGAGACCCAGAGCUCAAAUCACAGGCGGAACGACUAUUUAACCUUGUUCACCAGGCUUAUGAAGUGCUUAGUGACCCCCAAACCAGGGCCAUCUAUGAUAUAUAUGGGAAGAGAGGACUGGAAAUGGAAGGAUGGGAGGUUGUGGAAAGGAGGAGAACCCCAGCUGAAAUUCGAGAGGAGUUUGAGAGGCUUCAGAGAGAGAGGGAAGAGAGGAGGCUGCAGCAGCGUACCAAUCCCAAGGGGACGAUCAGCGUGGGAGUAGAUGCCACUGACCUUUUUGAUCGCUAUGAUGAGGAGUACGAAGAUGUAUCCGGAAGUGGCUUGCCACAGAUUGAAAUUAAUAAAAUGCACAUAUCCCAGUCCAUUGAGGCGCCCUUGACAGCUACGGACACAGCCAUCCUCUCUGGAAGCCUCUCGACCCAGAAUGGGAAUGGAGGGGGCUCCAUUAACUUUGCUCUCAGACGAGUCACUUCUGCAAAGGGAUGGGGAGAGUUGGAAUUUGGAGCAGGAGACCUACAGGGGCCUUUAUUUGGCCUCAAGCUGUUCCGCAAUCUCACACCAAGAUGCUUUGUGACGACAAACUGUGCUCUGCAGUUUUCAUCCCGUGGAAUCCGACCUGGCCUCACCACUGUCCUAGCACGGAACUUGGACAAGAACACUGUGGGCUACCUGCAGUGGCGCUGGGGCAUCCAGUCAGCCAUGAACACCAGCAUCGUCCGGGACACUAAGACCAGCCACUUCACUGUGGCCCUGCAGCUGGGGAUCCCUCACUCCUUCGCACUGAUCAGCUAUCAGCACAAAUUCCAGGAUGACGAUCAGACUCGUGUAAAAGGAUCCCUGAAGGCAGGCUUCUUCGGGACGGUGGUUGAGUAUGGGGCCGAAAGGAAGAUCUCCAGGCACAGCGUCCUGGGUGCUGCUGUCAGUGUCGGGGUCCCUCAGGGCGUUUCUCUCAAAGUCAAGUUAAACAGGGCCAGCCAGACAUACUUCUUCCCCAUCCAUCUGACGGAUCAGCUUCUGCCCAGUGCUGUGUUCUAUGCCACCGUGGGGCCUCUCGUGGUCUACUUUGCUAUGCACCGUCUGAUCAUCAAACCUUACCUCAGGGCUCAAAAAGAGAAGGACCUGGAGAAGCAGAGGGAGAGUGCUGCCACUGACAUUCUGCAGAAGAAGCAGGAGGCAGAAGCCGCGGUUCGGUUGAUGCAGGAAUCUGUCCGAAGGAUAAUCGAGGCAGAAGAGUCCAGAAUGGGGCUCAUCAUUUUGAAUGCCUGGUAUGGGAAGUUUGUCAACGACAAGAGCAAGAAGAGCGAGAAGGUGAAGGUGAUCGACGUGACUGUGCCCCUGCAGUGCCUGGUAAAGGACUCGAAGCUCAUCCUCACAGAGGCCUCCAAGGCUGGGCUGCCUGGGUUUUAUGACCCAUGUGUGGGUGAAGAGAAGAACCUGAAAGUGCUCUAUCAGUUCCGAGGCGUCCUGCACCAGGUGAUGGUAUUGGACAGCGAGGCCCUCCGGAUACCAAAGCAGUCCCACCGGAUUGAUACAGAUGGAUAAACUGCUUGAAAACCAGACUUUUAAAAGGCUGCAAAAAAUCUUGUCUACAAAUUUGGAAGCAGGGAAAAAAACCCAGACAUCAGACAUUUUUAUUUUACAUUAUUUCCAUAGAAAGUGGUACCGUACCAAUUAUGUGAAGGGACACGCAGACACUUCAGCUUUUGUGGGUGCUGUGGGUAGGACCAAGGCAGCCCCACCCUGGACCAGACCGCAGCAUGGCCCCCCAGCUGUCUUCCCAAGGAUCAUGUUCCUGGAAGGGCCUUGGUCUUCAGCCCUCCUGGGUUCCCCCAGGGUCCUCAGCAUGUGUGUUCCCUGCAGCCGCUGGUAGUUCUGGGCUUUGUCUGGAGAUCACUGUGGAACACCCUGCCCCACACAUAGGACUGUGACCUACUCCUAAAGUCACACUGAACGUGGGGGAGAAAGUGGAAAGGGAGAAAGGCGUUUCACAUGUUGAGGCCUCCAGAUCCAGGGAGCAUCUGUUCGGUCUACUUCCCACAAGCCACCUUCUUCUGCUGAAAUAAUACCACGUGAAUCUGGAGAGGAUUGUGGGUUUAUAAAACUGCUUUUUAUCUGAGAAAAAACAGGUUUGGAAAACUAGUCUCUUUAUUCCCCACUCCCAGAGUUCAAAUCAUUCCACUGUCCCUGGCUUGGGACAGUAUGGUAGAACUCCUGGUGCCCAGGCCCAUCUCUGUGCUUCCUUUGUCCCUGUGGGAAAUUGCCCUGCUGCCAGUGGGUGUGGACUGCCCCACAUGGCACAGCCUGGCCCAUCUGUGCCCACCCAUCUCUAGAGCACUGUGGUGGGAUGAGGAGGGUAGCAAGGUCAGGGCCAAGCUUUGGGUGAGGGGUGCAACAAGACCAGGGGUCUGACCCAUGGUCACCAGGGCUGCCCCACGGUGCCCAGCAGGUGGUGCUGGUGACACCCUAGGGGCCUCUACUUGCCCGUCCUGGAUGCAGACGAAGGAGCAAGGCCUGUCGCCUAGGCCCUGGAAGUGGUCACUCACUGACACCUCCAAGCAGGUGCUGUGUGGCCAGCAGCCAUGACAGCUGGCCCUGGGGACUGCUCUGGCCUCCAGCUCCCUUGAAGCUAUUGCCAACGUCAGGUUUUGCUCCCUGGCCCUGGUAUCAGGGCAAUUGCUAAGAACCUCCUUUGGUUUUUAAAGCAGUUCAGGUGGGCCAGUUCUGAAAGGAAGUUCCUUUGACUGCCCCGACUGGCAGCUGCCCAUCACAGCCGCUGCACGAGUCUGCUAUGGAUGCGGCUUGGGUGCCCUCUGCUGCAAGCAGUUCUGGGCACUAAUCAGUCCUCUGUUUUGUUUGAAGUUGGCUGUACAGAAAGCAUUCUCUUCCCACAAUAAACCUUUCCUAAAA